AUGCCUGUGUGGCAAGCGGUCACUUGUGGUUGUGGACGUCUGCGUCAGCAAAGACGGUGCAAUGCUGCUAAGGCCGUCAUUUCGAAGGGCCAGCUACAGCAGCCAGAGCGGCUACCGGUACUCACACCCUUAGCCUGUGACGAGGAGUGUGGUCGCCUAGAGCGCAAUCGCUCUUUAGCAUCUGCUCUCGGUGUCGACAUCAAUCAAACGACCACAGUGCAAACCAUAACUUCCACCAAUCUCCCUUAUUCUACCGAAACUCUUGAUCAGUAUAUCAAACUUGCAUCUUCUGUAUCACUUUCGACUCUCCAAACUUACGAGUCAACACUGCACUCCUUGGCAAUCGAUUCUACCAACCGCUCCACCCGCUUCCAGCCCGCCAAGUCUACCCUUCGUUCCUUUACCCAUUCUCUAGCAACAGACUGGGGUUUUGUCACCGAAAGUCACGACCCAGAACCCCAUCGCCAUGUCUUUGUUCUGAAGCCUUUGACCUGGACCCCACCAAUCUUCGGCAUGGGUACCGGCUCCUCAAUCGGCAUUGGUGGAAUGAGCGUGCGCGAAUGUGUGAAGCUCCGCGAACGCGAGCGUACCAAGGAGCGUGAGGCUCAACGUGUUGCUGCUCUGGAGGCUAAGGCUGCCCGUGAAGCAGCAAAGGCACAAUCUGGCGUGUCUGGCGAUGGUUGGGCCCAGGUUGCUUCUCGGACUAAGGGCAGUGCCAGUAGUACUAGGAGUACCACGCCUGUUCAAAAUCCGUUUAGCAGUCGGACAAUGUUCUCUGCCCUUUCUGGUGAGGGCGUGCAAGACCAAUCGUCCAGGAAGGAGCGCUUGGUUCUUCGGUCGGGUAUUGGUGCUAGCAAAACAUUGCGCAAAGAACCAGCUGAGGAGGUCGUCGAUAGCUGGGAGGAAGCUGAGGAGAAAGAGGAACAGGUGGAGCGCGAACAGGAAAAGGCUACCCUGGAUGAAGAUCAGCCGCCAUUGAAUGUCGUGUCUGAUGCACAGGAUGUCGAGCAGCCGGAUGAGACUGAAGAGAUCGCUGCUGCUGCCGCUGCUGUUGCUGCUGCCACUGAGCUGGAUUGA